CAUGCUCACCAAAUCCAUGUCUAAAUGGCGGUUUUUGUACAUCUACUGGUGGAUCGAGUUACAGCUGCGCAUGUUCACCUGGAUGGUAUGGAUCAACUUGUAACUCAAGCCCUUGCUCUCCAACUCCUUGUUACAAUGCAGGGACAUGUACUGACACUGGGGCUACCACUUAUAAUUGUGCAUGCACCUCGAGUUUUACUGGUACUACUUGUCAAGUCAACAAGAACUCCUGCUCCGGUCGGUGUGUAUACGACGCUAAUUGCAACUGCCAAUGUGAUUCAGCCUGCACUACACAAAAUGACUGCUGCGCUGACAAAGCAACAUAUUGUCCAUAACUGUCGGAGCAUUGAUGAUAACUACUGCGCUGACAAAGCAACAUAUUGUCUAUAACUGUCGGAGCAUUGAUGAUAAAUACUGCGCUGACAAAGCAACAUAUUGUCUAUAACUGUCGGAGCAUGAUGACAUAGCUAUUGUGACUUGGAUUUAUUCCCUUAUAUUUGUUACAUUGUUUUGUUUAGAUAUUUCUUAUACUAAAGAGAUGAUUGAUCGACAUGUAAAUCAUUUGGCUUGGUUUAC